AUGAUCUUCGUAUUGGUCGCAAAUAUUGUUAUUGCAACUAUCUCAGCUCAGUCACUGGUUCAUUUACCAGGUGCCCCACCGAAUAAUUUUAAAAUUUACGCCGGAUAUUUCGAUGUUAAUGGCACUGAUGCUGAUGACACCGAAUCAAUCCACUAUAUGUUCAUAAAGGCUGAAACAAAUCCAGAAACAAAUCCACUGGUAAUUUGGAUAGUUAAUGAGAUUGGUUGUUCAAAUUAUUGGCCAUUAUUUUCUUCAUUUGGACCUUUUCAAAUUAAUAAAGGAAGCUCAUUUCUGAAAAUAAAUCCAAAUACGUGGGCAAAAGUCGCAAAUCUAUUAGUGUUUGAUGUUCCAGGAGAUGUUGGAUAUUCUUUGGGCAAAUUUGAUAAAAUUUAUAAUGCCGAAGAUUUCAUAAAUGUUUAUGAGGAUCUAAUAGAGCAGUUCCGUGAAACCUUUCCCGAACAUAAGAACAAUGAAAUGUAUUUGGCUGGAUCGGAUACAUUUGGCUUGAUGAAAUCUUGCUCUAUAUUUGAUAUGACAACAGAAUGUGCGACAUUCUCCUUAAAUGUCACAUCGGAAGUAAUGGUAUUUACAUAUUAUAUACGGCAACAGCUUAGGCUCGUUCUUCUAGCUAAUGGUACUUAUAAUACGCUUAGAAGCUUAUCUGGAGUAAAUGCGUUUGAUUUGAAUGAUCCAUGCAAGACGCAAACUUCUCCAGGAUUUAAAGAUUAUAAAGAAGGCAAAGUUCGGAACCCACUGUCUAUCAGUCAUCUCCAUUCAUACCACGAUUGCUAUAAUUUUAGUGAUUUUUUCGAAUAUUUUAAUCGUAAAGAUGUAAGAAAUGCACUCAAAGUUUCGCCAAAAGUUGGGAAUUGGGAAUUAUGCAAGCAAAUAAAUUAUGUACAAAAUUUAUACUAUGAUACAAUUUCUAUGGCAAAAAGAAUGGUAGACGCCGGCGGAAGGCUAUUUUUGUUCAACGGCGAUUCUCAACUGCGUUCACCUAUUCCGCCACAGGCAUUUAGCGAUAAUUUAGGAUACCCGCAUGUAUCAAAAAAGAAAGCAUUCUUCGUAGACAAAGUACUCGGCGGCUUUCUUACUCAGUACCAAGGCGUUGAUGUCGCAACAAUACUGGUAAAUAUAUUUCUCGACGAUAAACUAUUUAAUUUACCUGAAUAA